AUGUCUGCAUUCGACCCUUACGCACACCUUGGCUUCAGCAAGAACCCCGACGGCACCAUCACACGUUUAUUAUCAAAAUCACCAACCGUUGAGGCCAACCCUGAGCCUUCACCCGGAACCACCGUCGUUUCAAAAGAUGUAACCAUCAACGCCGAAAAGAAAACAUGGGUCCGAAUCUUUCGACCCACCAAGCUCCCUUCCAACGACAACACGGUGGCGCGUUUGCCCAUCGUCAUUUACUUCCACAACGGUGGCUUUGUGCUCUUCAGCCCUAACGGCAUCGACAGCCAUAAGAAGUGCUCGCACAUCGCCGAUGACGUCCCCUCCAUCGUUGUCUCCGCCUCUUUUCGCCUUGCGCCGGAGCAUCGUCUCCCGACACAGUACCAAGACGCAUACGACGCCGUUUUGUGGGUGAAGAACCAAUUAAACAACCCCAAUGGAGAGAAAUGGUUAAAAGAUUAUGGGGACCCUUCUAGAUGCUACCUAUAUGGCUCUGAUUGUGGUGCCAAUAUAGCUUUCAACGUUUCCAUGCAGACUGCUGACACAGAUUUGAGGCCAUUAAGGAUUCGUGGUUUGGUCCUGAACCAACCCAUGUUCGGAGGGGAGAAGAGAACAGGAUCAGAGCUGAAGUUUGCAGCAGAUCAAGUAUUACCUUUGCCAGUGUUGGACUUGUUGUGGAGUAUGGCUUUGCCUAAAGGGACAGAUCGUGACCAUAGGUAUUGCAACCCUAUGGUGAAGGGACCACACCAUGAUAAUGUUAAGAAGGUGGCGAAGUGUCUUGUUGUAGGGUUCAAUGGGGACAUCAUGGUGGAUAGACAACAAGAAUUCGUGACCAUGUUGGUCAAAUGUGGGGUGCAAGUGGAAGCACGUUUUGACCAAGUGGGGUUCCAUGAUAUUGACAUGGUGGAUCCUGCUAGGGCUAGUGCUGUUGUAAAUAUUGCCAAGGACUUUAUUCUUGGUUGA